AUGUCCUGUGCAUUAGUUUUGUCAUUUGACUUGGGUGAUGAGGUUUUUCGUGUGAUAUCUGUGCCAACUGGUACCAGUACGACUGAUUAUGUUCGUAUCUCAGUAACUGGGGGAUCGCUUUCUCUUUUAUGUCAUGAUCCUCUUGAGAACACCAUGAAGUGCUGUUCCAUUUGGGUGAUGAAAGAGUAUGGUGUUGCUGAUUCUUGGACUAAACAUUUCACUGUUGAUUUCAAUAGAGGACUGUUAUUAGGUCUCCAGAAGAAUGGUAAUAUAUUAGUGGAGACAGAACUAGCAGGACUACUUCUUCAUCAGAUCUCUUCAUAUGAUCCUGAGAGCAGACAAAUUAAGAAUUUGGGAAUUUCUGGGAGGCAAUUCAUGUUUUGUGUUGAAAAUUAUAUGGAGAAUCUAGUCUUACUUGACAAACCAAAUGACAGUUUCUAA